AGGCCAUCAGACUAUUUACUUCUUACUCAGGUACAUACAAGCAAGCUCCUGACCAUCUCCCUUAUUCAUUAUGAGGCUACGUCAGGCACUGCAGCACAACUGAUGACACAGCUGAAAGCAGAAAGCAUGCUGUAAGACAAUUUGAAACACAGCCAUACGGGGUUUUACGUAGAAGACAUGCUUUUCUUGCUGUAGAUCUCGCAUUUAACAGUAACCAAAUUUCAAGUGCGUGCCUGUACAAAGUGCCUCCCAGCUCCUGGGACCCAUCUUGUGAGGGAGCGAGCUACCUGCCUUACACAGCACCUGUGGGUGCUCUGGUGCAGCUGCUUCAAGCAGGAGCCCUGAUUUCCUGUGGGUGGGUUGAGAUGGAGGAGCAGGGUGGGCAGCAGCUGCUGCUGUUUUUCCCCUUCGGCAGGCCUCAAGGCAUGGGUGCUGUGGCUGUUAUUUCUACAAAUGCUUUAAUGGAGAAGUUGUAUCUAAAAUAUCAACAAAGACCAUGGACUGAAACUCUGAAACUUGUCCAUUUUUGCAUGGAUAAGCCACGUCCAUCUCCUGUCAGUAAUGCUCCAGAUGGUCCGCUGCUCUCAUGCAUGGAGAAGUUGCAGAGGACUCUAAAUGAUAAAUCUUUGUUUUCUGUGAUGAACAGAUUGGAAUGUUUAUCCAAACAGAAAGGGCUUAAUUCUCAUGUUAGCCCCAGUGGGACUGCCUGCUACAUAACCUCAAACAUGUUUUAUAUAGAAGUACAGCUGGAGAAGGAUGGGAGGGUGAUGGAUGUAAAGCUGGCUCAUCUUGGAGAGGCUCCUGUGAUUUGUGAUGAUUUGGUGCAACACCUAAGGAUGAAGAAUUAUGACGCAUUUGGAAAGAUUCUAGAAGACCUGUCAAAUCUGUAUCAAAUUCCAGGAAACAGUGAAAUGAAAGCAAAGGCUUACCUUGCCUUGCAGUCCCUUGAAAAAGAUCUUUAUUCAAUGUCUCUUCUACACAGAUCACAGGAUGUAAACAGAGUUACUGAAGUACUUCAUGGAAAAGUAGGACACCUGGUGCCAAGAACUGGAGGAACUCCUAUGAACAUCGAAUUUUACAUUUCUCCAUAUCAAAUUUUGGAAGCAGAGCUCAAUCCUGGUUCUCUGGUGUGUGGAACAAAAGCAGUUGUAACUGUUGAAGGCACAGAUUCGCUCCACAAGCUUCCUCUUUCUCCGCUGCUUGUAGACUCUCAAGCUGGAGAAGAUGGCAGCCCUACUUUUUUGCCCCUGACUAAUGAACUCAGCAUGGAUUUGUCAGCUUAUUUUUUGUUGAAGUUCCAUCAACCUAUUCCUCUAUCCUUAUCCAAUAUUGAAGAGAUACAGAUGCUCACAGGCAUGUUACGAGUGUUUUUAAGACUAAGUAAUUUGUGACCAUUCAUUGCUUACUUGCUUUUUAUUUCCACAUGGUAAUGUAGUACAAGUUAAAACUGGAUUCUGGGGUAGAAAAUCUUCUGUACUAUCAACCUGUAUAUUAAUUCUUAGAAGCCAAGGCAAAAUUGUUAAACACUAUCUAAAAUAUCUUGAAGCUGUUGAUUACCAUCAGCAAAAAAGGAAAGAAGGAAGGCUAAUGUUUUUAUGUCUGUGCAUUUCCUUUAGUUUGUAAAAACUAGCUUUCAUGUACAAUCUAAUCUAAAAGCGAAUAAAAAACAUCAUCUGGUUUCAGGAAUUCAGAUUACUGCCUUGAAACUAUCUCCUUUGUAUGAGCUGAUUAUUCAGUCUGCCCUUAAAGAAAAAUGCAGUGAAGAUUUGUCUACACACAAAUCCUGUUUCAUUGUGUCUCUUCCAGAUUGCCCAAAGCACUGUUAUUUCAUAAACAAGGGCUCUGAAAAAUCAAAUUUAGCAGGAGCCUUGGUGAAUAAAAUCCCAUUUACCCAUCCGAAGUGUGUGCCUGCUGUAAUAGAGAUUCUUCGACAUCAAGUGGCAUAUAACAGUCUUAUUAGCAGCUGUGUCUCUGACAAGUGUAUAAAUGAAGAUGACUCAGAACUGCUUUACUUUGAAGUGACACCAUACAAGAACACCAGCUUUUCUGUCUUCUUCAUUCAUCCGAUGAGAGAGAAUUUAGCCUGUGUGACUAUUGAUGUUGUAACCUCCAGAGAAGUCCAAUGCAGCCUUCAUUUACAUCCUCAAGAUCCAACUCUAAAUUCUAGUGAUGGCUUUAUAUCGAGAUCUGUGAAGUGCUGCAUGUCAGUCCCAGUUGUCAUGAGAGCUAUUUUCAGGAACGCUGCCAAGGUGGGAGCUGAUAGUGAAACACAAGGCACAGAAACA